UUGCUACUGCUAAAGUUGCUGCCGCUACUACUAUCGCCACCACAAAUGCUGAUGCUGCUACUGCUUACAUCAAUGUUGUAACCAAAGUUAUUUAUAAUAAUAGAGGGAUUAGAUAUGUUUUCAAUAGAAUAAAGUAG